GUAAAAAAGACGUCUAAAUUGUAUUAUAGCUAGUUUUGAUUUAAAUUCAGAAGUGCAGGGAGCACGCUAGCUUCCAAGGCCAAACUAACGUCGGUUAAGAGCACUUUAAUCCAAAAUGAGCGCUGGUGUUGCAAAGCCGGCGAACCCGAUGCCGCACGUCGACCCAAAAUCGGCCACUCUAAAAGAAAUCCCAGAUGUUCUGGUCGACCCACGCACCAUGAGACGAUACACCAGGGGGAGAUUCCUCGGGAAAGGUGGUUUUGCAAAAUGCUACGAAAUUACAGACGUGGAGACAAAGCAGGUUUUCGCCGGAAAGAUCGUGCCCAAAUCGCUGAUCCUGAAGCAGCACCAGAGGGAGAAGAUGACUUCGGAAAUCUCCAUUCACCAAAGCCUCAACCACCCCAACGUCGUGGGCUUCCACGGGUUCUUCGAGGACGAUGAUUUUGUGUUUGUCGUCCUGGAAAUCUGCAGGAGAAGGUCCCUGCUGGAGCUGCACAAGCGUCGUAAGGCUGUCACAGAGCCCGAGGCCCGAUACUACAUGACUCAGCUGCUCAAGGGUGUCCAGUACCUGCACAACAACAAAGUGAUCCACAGAGACCUGAAACUGGGCAACAUCUUCCUCAACGACGACAUGGACGUCAAGAUAGGGGAUUUUGGCCUUGCCACAAAGAUUGAGUUUGAUGGUGAGCGGAAGAAGACCUUGUGUGGAACACCUAACUACAUAGCUCCUGAAGUGCUCUGCAAGAAAGGCCACAGCUAUGAAGUGGAUGUCUGGUCACUUGGGUGUAUAUUGUACACUUUGUUGGUGGGCAAGCCUCCAUUUGAGACCUCCUGUCUGAAGGAGACCUACAACCGCAUCAAGAAAAACAACUACACCAUCCCCUGGCACAUCAACCCAGCAGCGACCACCCUCAUUAAAAGGAUGCUGCAUGCCGAUCCCACCCAGAGGCCCACCAUUGCUGAGCUGCAAGCGGACGAGUUCUUCACGUCCGGCUACAUCCCCUUGCGCCUGCCUACGACUUGUCUCACGGUGCCCCCGCGGUUCUCUAUUGCCCCUUCCACAGCCACCGAGCUCAGCCAGAGACGCCCGUUGACGGCUAUAAAUAACAAAGUAGGGACAGAGAAGGUGGAGAUGAAGGACGAGCCUGCACCACGGGAGGUUGAACCCUCAGAGAACCAUCUCAGAGACAUGCUGCAGCAGCUCAACAGCAUCAUUGCUGCCAAGCCUUCUGAGAAGGCAGUCGUCCGUCAAGAGGAAGCAGAGGAUCCUGCAUGCGUCCCCAUCUUCUGGAUCAGCAAAUGGGUGGACUACUCUGAUAAAUAUGGACUGGGAUAUCAGCUUUGUGACAACAGCGUUGGUGUUCUGUUUAACGAUUACACCCGUCUAAUCAUGUACGCUGACGGAGACAGCCUGCAGUACAUCGACAAGACGGCAACUGAAUCCUACAUGAGUGUGCGCUCUUUCCCUUCCACUCUCAACAAGAAGAUAACAUUGCUGAAAUACUUCCGCAAUUACAUGAGCGAGCACCUGCUGAAGGCUGGCGCAAACAUAGCACGUCGGGAAGGAGAUGAGCUGGCACGACUGCCGUACCUUUCCCUCUGGUUCAGAACCAAAAGCGCCAUUGUGCUGCACCUCACUAACGGCACUGUUCAGAUCAAUUUCUUCCAGGACCACACCAAGCUGAUCCUGUGUCCGCUGAUGGCUGCAGUGACCUACAUAGAUGAGAAACGAGACUUCCGCACCUACAAGCUGUCUCUUCUGGAGGAGUUCGGUUGCAGUAAGGAGCUGGCGAGCCGCAUUCGUUACGCCAAGCUCAUGGUGGAGAAACUGUUGGACAGCAAGCCUUCUCCCGCUGCACAUUAGUCCCCAAGUGUCUUUAAUCACCGGCUGCUUCUCCGUGAGUUCAGGACGGGCUCGAACUGUCAGUCUUCAUCUGUUUUAUGGGUCAUGUUGUAAUCCUUUUUUAUUGCCAACUCCGACACUUUCACACCUACCGUGACCAUUCAUCUUAUAUAUGUUGUACAUGGAAAAUUCCCGUCUUUCAGCCGCUGUUUUCUCUUUUAAAAAUCUUUCUUGCUGUUUAUAGAAACUCUCAUUCACCUCUUGUUCUUGUAACUUUCUCGAUGAAGCUUGCGUUCCCGCUGACAGCACAGCACAGACGGUGUGUGUUCAGAUGAGUCUAGACGGGAAAACGUGAAUGUUCCCUUGGUUUACAUUGAACUUAAAGUUGGAACGGUCCUCCGAGGUUUCCUCUGCAUCUUUUGUUUGUACAUAAAGUCCUGCUUUUCAAACUCUAAGCUGAGUGGACAGACUGGGAGGUGGGAGGUUGAGACUCGGGCUGGCUGUGUGGGUGGACGAAAGCUUCACUGGUCUGCUUCUCUAGUUUUUUUUUCUGUGUUGUGUGUAGAGAAAUGGACCAUGUUAAUACGUCUGCAUCAUGUACAUUCUUUCUCUGUUUUACUUUUUAUAAUUCUAUUUUUAGAUGGCAUUUUCAACAAGUUGUACAAACAUGUACAUACUGCU